UAAUUUCAUGCGAUUAUUUUGAGCAUUUUCUAUGUAAUUGUUCUCAAUAUUGUUUAGCGAAUAUUUUGCUGCGAUUUUGCUACGAAUUUUAUGCGAUUUUGAUGCGAUUUUUUGCUGCAAUUUGAUGUGAUUUUGUUGCGUUUUUAUGCGAUUUUUUCUCAAAUAUUUCCCUGAUUUUUGCGAUUUGUAUGCUGCGAUUUUGAUGCGUUUAUUUCUCAAUUUUUGCUGCGAUUUAUGUUCGAUUUUUACUGAUUAAUUCAUGUUUUCGUCAAUAUUUUUGCGAUUUUUUGCGAAUUUUCUAUUCGAUUUUGUUUUUGGCGAUUUUCUAUUCGAUGUAUAUUUAUUUUGCUCGAUUAUUUAUCAAUUCGAUUGUUUGAUUGUUCGAAUUGUUUGUUCUUAUUUUGAUUUUUUUUGUUCGGUUUUCUUUUGCGAUUUCGAUGCUGUUUUAUUUGCUGCGAUUUUUUCUCAAAAUUUUCCAGCUUUUUGCGAUUUGUGUAUGCUGCGAUUUUGAUGCGUUAAUUUUUUCUCAAAAGGAAAAAGGAAAAAGGAAAAAGGGGGGUGGGGAGGCUGGGUGGGUCCCCGGCACAGGGGAUCUGUUCACCGGCGAGGUUAGGGUUGGCUGGGUAGAGAAAGGUUAGGUGGCGGCUAGGGUAGCGAUGGCGGCGAAUUUGGUGGCUGGGAAGAGGAAAAGGGUGGUGGUGGUUUUUUCCUUUUCCUUUUUUUUUUUUAAUUUUAUUAUUUCUAGAUUUUAUAUAGUUCACUAUGUUCUAAGUAAAAGCAAAUUUAGAACAUAGCUAUGUUCUAAACAAAUUUAGAACAUAAAGUAAUUUACUACGUUCUAAGCAAAUCAAAUUUAGAACAUAAUUCACUAUGUUAUAAGGAAAUUUAGAACAUAAAGUAAUUCAUUAUGUUCUAAAAUAAUUCAAGAUGUUCUAAAGUUUUCCUUCUAUGUUCUAAAAUUUUCCAUCUAUGUUAUAAAGUUUACUCUUUGUGUUCUAAAGUAAUUCAUUAUAUUCUAAACUAUUAUUUAACUAUCUUAGCAUGUUCUAAACUUUUAUUUAGCAUAUAUUAAGUUUACUCUUUAUGUUCUAAAGUAAUUCAUUGUGUUCUAAAGUAGACAAUCUUAGCAUGUUUGUCAAAGCUUGUUUAAUUAGCACUAGUCUUAACUUGGGAUAACUUUUGCUUUAAAGGACUACUAAUGAUAGAUUGAUUAUAUAGCCAAUAUAAUGAACCCACCUUAAUGCAAGUAAUCGAUCAUCAAAUUACAAUAAACGAUGCUAAAGAUAGUGUUUAGAAGUGCAAAAGGAUAUGAUUAAACAAAAAAAAAUUACUUUUGUGAUUAUCUCAUAUAGUUGUUAGUAGUUUUUCCUCUAGUUCAAGUGUUUUAUAUACAUUAGCCUACUAGCUCAACGGGUAGAGCAUUGUUUGAGUUUUUUCAUUAAUUUCAUCAAUUUCGUUUUCUAGUUUUCUUUUUCUUCUUCAAUUUCCAGAUUUUUCCAAAUUUUAUUUCUAGAUUUUAUUUCCUUUGCUUAUUUCCAGAUUUUUUAUUUCCAGAUUUUUCUGUUUUUUUCCUUUGCUUGAGUUUUUCAACAUCGUUUUCGAUUUUAUCCUAUUUUGUUUUCCAGAUUUUUGAUUUUUAAUGGAUUUUAAUUUCUGGUUGCUUUUUUGCUACAAUUUGUGUUUUUCAAAAUAGGUUUAUGCAUAUUGAUGGAUUUAGAUGGUGUGCAACCUAAUUAUCCUUCUUCCUGUGUUACUCAUUCAGUUGGUGAUAUUUAUCGUACUCUAGAGGUUGUUGGAUCAUUUAGCCCUGGUGGUACCACUAAGGAAUGGAUUCCAAGUGUUCCCGAGGAGUUAAAACCCAGUUUGGGGAUGAUAUUUAAAGAUCCUGAAGAGGGUCUUAGUUUUUAUAAAGCAUAUGCAAAUGCCGCUGGGUUUACUUCUAGGAAAUCUACUACUAAAAGGAAGAAGAAUAGCAAAGAUAUAAUUGCUUUUCAAUAUGGAGUUUGCAAUAAGGAAGGUUUUAGGGCAAUAAGAAAACCUAUUGCUCAACAAACAGUUUAUGAAGAAGGAAAAGUUCGUAUUACUAGGAAACGUUUAGUCACUCGUGUAGGAUGCAAUGCUCACAUAUGUAUGAGAUAUGAUGCUGGAAAGUAUGUUGUAACUCAUUUCAAAGAAGAACAUAAUCAUCCUUUAUAUACUCCAAGUUGUGCAAAAUUUCAGAAGGAUAAUAGAAAAAUGCAUAUUAUGCAUAAAAAGUUGAUUAUUGAUAAUUCAAAGGUGAUUUAUUUUUAUGUACUAAAUAAUGUUUUUUUUUGUUUUGAUUUACUAUGUUCUAAAGUUAAUUCUUAAUCUUAGUAAUAUUUUUUUUUUCUAACAGGUAAAUGUUGGUCCUGUGAGGUCUUAUACUAUGAUGAAAGAAUUAGCUGGAUCACAUGAUAAUGUUGGUGCAUCUAAACAAGAUUUCAAAAAUUUUUAUAGAGAUUUGAAGGCUUUUAUUGAUGGAUCAGAUGCCCAAAUGUUUGUGGAUAAUUUUCAAAAUAAGAAAUUGCUCUGGAGUGCAUUUUUUUUUUCCUAUGAUGUUGAUGAAGAAGAUAGACUUUGUAGAGCUUUAUGGGCUGAUCCAAUCUGUCGAAAAAAUUAUGCACUUUUUGGUGAUAUGGUUUCUUUUGAUACCACAUUCAAAACAAACAGAUAUAAUAUGAUCUUUGGUCCAUUUACUGGAGUUGAUCAUCAUAAAAAAUGUGUUACUUUUGCGGCUUCUUUUGUAGCUCAUGAGGAUAUAUCAUCUUUUGAAUGGGUUUUCAAAACUUUUCUUAAAGCAAUGGGAAAUAACGAGCCUGUGUGUUUGAUUACCGAUCAAGACCCUGCAAUGAAAGUUGUUGUUCGUAAUGUUUUUCAAACUACAGAACAUAGGUUUUGUAUGUGGCAUAUUAUGAAAAAGGUGCCUGAAAAAGUAGGUCGGGCGAUUGCCCAAGACACUGAUUUCUUGAAAAAACUGUGUUCAUGUGUUUGGCAUUUAGAGAUUGAGCCGGCAGAAUUUGAAGAAAAGUGGAACAAAGUUAUUUCAGAAUUCCAUUUGAACGAUCAUGAAUGGUUGGCAUACAUGUACAACAUACGUGAUAUGUGGAUUCCAGCGUAUUUCAGAGAUUUAUUUUUGGGUGGCAUUAUGAGAACCACAUCUAGAUCAGAAAGUGAAAAUAAUUUUUUCACUAUGUUCACAAAUCCCCAUCUCACUUUGAUUGAGUUCUACAUGAGGUUUGAAUGUGCAUUGGAUGCUCAAAGGCACACUCAAAAUAAAAUGGAUAAUGAUUCGAAGAAUAAGCGUCCGGAGUGUAAGACUCCAAUUCCUUUAGAGAAAGAUGCUUCUGAAUUGUUUACAACAACAAUUUUCUAUGAAUUUCAAUAUGAGCUUGAAAUUGGAUGUUUUAAUUGUGGUGUUGAGGAGAUGAAGAAGGACAAUGAGCUUUACAUUUUCAAUUUGAGGGAAGGAACUAGAAGGAGGACUUUUGAUGUUGUUUUUGAUCCAACUACCUUUGAUACCAAGUGUUUUUGUAAAAAAUUUGAACGUGAUGGUGUGCCUUGUAGGCAUAUGAUUUGGGUGCCUACAUUCUAA